AUGGUAGUAUUGAACUGUGAAUUCCAAGAUGUUCAGCACUUUGACUGGUGGAGAGAUGGGAAAAAGGUGCCUGACACCCGUGAUAUAUCUAACUAUGUCAUCGAUGAGAUGAGCCCCCCUGAUCAGGCGUACUAUAGCUGUGUUGGUAUCCCAGGAAACGGACCUCAUAUUGAAAGCAACCAAGCACUGCUUAGAAUCACGGGUAUGUCUAUUUUUCAUCUGAAGUUCAAGCUUGUAAGAAAUUUCACCACCUUUCACGCUGAUCAAGAAUCUUCAGAUUACAAGACCCUUGUGCGUGCUAUUCGAGAACAGUUCGAGGCAGUGUUUCAGGCGUUUAAAACCGAGAGUGACACCAAUGGCACUAUUUACCUUCACGUGAAUCAACUUCUACCAGAUGACGGUGUGUUGGUUGAUAUGAGAGCUUACAUAGCGAACAGUAGCAUGACUACACAAGAAGAAAUGGACCUGCUGUGGAGCGGCUUAUUUCAUGUAGAGGAAGUUUCUGAUGGUUACCUUGACCCUUCCAUCCUUCUGGUACUAAGUACAGUUUUAUGUCCAAACACCUCUUGGUCAUCUCCGUAUGGUACUGUCCAGUUUUCGUCAGGAGACCUUCAUUCGUGGAGCGAAUCGAGUGGAGAAUGUCCAUGGUUCACCGUCAAUGAUGGAGAGCCAAUAGCACGAGCCGUCUGCUACGGUGAUUAUAUCUCCCCUUGUGCAUGGGUACCUUCAGAUAACUGCGGUGGCAAUAAAACAGCUAAUCAACUAUUAAUCUACUUACGAGAGAAUCUGAACACUGGUGAAAGCGACAUCCAGGACGUUCUGUCACAGUUGAUGGGGAUCUCCCAAGACAUGAAUAUUACUUCUGCUGGGGUCGGUGCUGCCUUUGACAUCAUUCACCAGACAGGGUCAAUUUCUCAACCAACGCAAGAGAAUGUUGCCUCAGUCGUUGACAUCGUAAGCAACCUUGCCGCGUUAGACCAAGCCCUCACCAUGGAUGCUGAGAUGAUGAAUGGUGCCGUCAGCAGAGCCACCAUGGCCUUAGAGAACAUUCUUCUAGCCGUCAAUGUGCCUUCAAACCAGACCUUCCAACAAGUGGCACCAAACCUAGUAGUACAGGUAAUCAACUCUGAGUCUGAUAGUGUCGGCGAUGGGAUCGGCUUCUCCAUCAUCGGCAAUGACAGCCAAUCCUUUGAUGAAAGUGACAUCCAGCUAUCCACCAACAAUCUCAGCAACAGUAACCUAGGUGGUGCUGUCCAAGCAGCCAUCAUCAUUGGACCAGAGACCAUUGAUGAAGGCACCAUGGGGAAUAUAGCAUUCACUGUGUACCGAGACGAUGCAUUGUUUGUAACGGACGAUCAAGUGGGAAGCAAUGACGGACGUCGUAAUAUCACGGUCAAUACUAAUAUCAUCGGAGCGAGCCUCGGUACGAGUGAAACCACACCUCUGAAUGCUUCGGUCACCAUAACACUGGCACACAAACAGCAAAAUGCAACGAAUCCGCAGUGUGUGUAUUGGGAAUAUUCCACCAAUGCUUGGUCAAGCGAUGGCUGUGAUAUGACAAUCACUUCCGAGACACAUACCGAAUGCCGGUGUAAUCAUCUAACAAGUUUUGCUGUCCUUAUGGUGAGAACAUGA